GGCUGGGUACGCUGACGGGAGGAGGCGGCUCUAUUACCCACAAUCCAUCGGAAACAAACAGACAGAGUCCAAGAUGGCGGCGGAUAGUGACCCGGAGUCAGAUGUGUUUGAAAUCACGGACUUUACGACGGCUUCGGAAUGGGAGAGAUUCAUGUCAAAAAUUGAGGAAGUGCUGAAUGAUUGGAAACUGAUUGGAAGAACUGCAAGCAAACCUUUGGAAAAGGGUGAAUUAACCUCUGGAGUGUGGGAGGAGAAGUCUGAUGAGAUUUCUUUCGCAGAUUAUAAAUUCACUAUAACACAUCAUUACCUCAAACAAGAAUCGUCGGUAGAUAAGGACGUAAAAGAAGCGUCAAUAGAAGAUGUUCUUCCUGAAGCAAUGCAGGAUUUGCUAUCCAUGAACAAUGAUUUUCCACCCAGAGCCCAUUGUCUGGUCAGAUGGUAUGGUCUACGCGAUUUUGUCAUAAUUGCUCCAGCAGCUACUAAUGAUGCAGUCAUCAGUGAAUCGAAGUGCAACAUUCUGCUUAGCUCUGUCUCUAUUGCCUUGGGCAACACUGGUUGUCAGGUGGCCCUGUUUGUGCAAAUUCAACAAAGGUCGCGGCGAAUGUACGUCGGUGUAUGCGAAGGCCCUGGUAUCCGGACAGAUUUUGAAAUGGUUCAUCUUCGGAAAGCACCAAAUCAGUAUAAUCAUCUGUCAGGUCUUCUGGAUGUUUUUAAAUCCAAGAUUGGGUGCCCUUUGACGCCUUUGCCCCCAAUAAACGUAGCUAUUCGGUUUACUUAUAUCCUUCAAGAUUGGCAGCAGUAUUCUUGGCCUCAGCAACCACCAGAUUUUGAUGCAUUGGUUGGAGGAGAGGUGGGUGGUCUAGAAUUUGGAAAGUUACCAUUUGGAGCAUGUGAAGACCCUAUUAGUGAAUUACAUUUAGCUACCACUUGGCCUCAUCUUACAGAAGGCAUUAUUGUUGAUAAUGAUGUAUACUCGGAUCUUGAUGCUCUGCAAGCACCCCUAUGGUCUGUCAGGGUGAGGAAGGCUGAUAACCCCCAGUGUUUGUUGGGAGAUUUUCUUACUGAAUUCUUCAAACUUUGUCUCCGGAAAGAGUCAGCAGAUGAGAUUCUUGGAAGGUCAACGAUUGAGGAUGAAACCAAAGAUCAUGCAGAUAUUAGCCAAGCAUUGCAGAAGCUCACAGAACCAACAUCUGUUCACAUGCCUCGACUGUCCACUAUGUCAAAUAUGGUCCACAGUGCUCGCAAGAGGAUGCAUAAACACAGACGUACAGAAGAGUCACCAAUUAGUAAUGAAGUUCUAAAUUCAAUUUUAUUAUUUCUGUUUCCAGAUGCUGCUGAGAAGGCUGCCGAUUCAUGUAGUGCUAAUCAGAGCAGCUCAAAAGGAAGUAGUAUUGUUAUGGCUGAAGAAGAGUGUAGCCUUUAUAGUCAAUUUAAAUCUGCUCCUACAGACAGUCUGACAUACAAGUUGGCUUUGUGUCUCUGUAUGGUUAACUUUUACCAUGGCGGCCUAAGGGGUGUGGCCCAUUUAUGGCAAGAAUUUGUGUUGGAAAUGCGAUACAGAUUGGAAAAUAAUUAUCUUGUGCCAGGAUUAUCCACUGGACCUCCAGAUUUAAAAUGCUGCUUAUUACAUCAAAAAUUGCAGAUGCUGAAUUGUUGCAUUGAGAGGAAAAGAGCAAGAGAUGGUGGAAAGAAACAGAUGUCAGAAAAUGUUGUUGUUGCUUCGGCAGAGAAGAAGCUGUCAAAUAACACCAGCAAAGGGACAACAGAAUGUAUGGAUAACAAAGAUUUUGAGAGGGAAAGCAAAGAAUCAUCUCAACAGAAAUCAUGGGACUCGUGGAGUGACAGUGAGGAUGAGUUUUUUGAGUGUCUGAGUGACACAGAAGAGUUGAAGGAAAGUAGACAGGAGAGUGAAACAAAAAAAGGAAUGACAAAAGGUGACAAAAAUAAUGAAGGAGCAAAGAAAGAUGUUCAAAAGUACAAACCAGACGGACGCUUGCAUCAGCAUGGCAAACUGACACUUCUUCUCACGGGAGAUCCACUUUAUAUUCCACUUACACAAGAGCCAGCACCAAUGACAGAAGAUGUGUUAGAAGAACAAUCAGAGGUAUUAGCCAAACUGGGAACUUCAGCUGAAGGAGCACAUCUGCGCGCUAGAAUGCAGAGUGCUUGUUUGCUGUCAGACAUGGAAUCAUUCAAGGCUGCAAAUCCGGGCUGUUGUUUGGAAGAUUUUGUGAGGUGGUACUCUCCACGUGAUUAUGUUGAAGAAGAAUUCACUGAUGAAGUAGGUGACAAGGUUCUCAGGGGAGAGCUGAGUGCCAGAAUGAAAAUCCCUGGUAACAUGUGGGUGGAAGUAUGGGAAACAGCAAAGCCAACUCCUGCUCGACGACAAAGACGUCUUUUUGAUGACACAAGGGAGGCUGAGAAGGUCCUUCACUAUUUAGUUGGUUUGAAGCCUGCAGAUUUGACUAGACAUUUACUGCCUUGCAUCUUGCAUGCAGCACUGCUGAAGAUUAAGGAAGAAGAGUCUGUUGAAGAUAUCCCAUCUGUAAAGAAAUUAAUUCAGCAGAUCAUUACUCAAGCUGGCAAGUUAUUAAGAUACUCAAACCCUGACAUCAAAAAAUUGGAAGAAAUAAUUAGUCAAAUAAUAUCUGCAGAAGCUAUUAUUGCAAGAUCACGAUCACUCCAAGCCAAAUUUGGAAUUAAGAAACAUGAGAAGGACAAUGAACAUGUGGAAUUGGAAAGGUUUGUGAGCUGUCUUUUAGACCAGCCAGAAGUGCUUGUUAAUGGAGCAGGACGAGGCCCUACAGGGAACAUCAUUUACAAAUUAUUUGUUAAUGCACAAAGGGCCCCAACUCUGAGUCCAGUUGAUGAUGAACCCAUAAAGCAAAGUUCUUCUGAUGAGCACAGAUCAAGUCCAGGAGCAGCAUCAGAAUUUCCUCUGCCAACUGGACGAGAAAUAAUUCUUCGGACAACUGUACCUCGCCCUGCACCAUACUCGAGAUCUUUACCACAACGCAUGUACUGUGUUUUGUUAAAAGAUGAAUUCCGUCUGGCUGGUGCAUUUUCAUCUGACACGUCAUUCUUCUAAUAUAAAUUGAUAAUUUAAUUAAAAUAUUAUCAUUCACAACUACUUUUGUGUCAUUCCUACAUUUUACACACUUUAGUAAAUAAACAUGCUUUAGCAACUUUAGCUGAAGUUGCUAAGUUCCUCAAAAUUAAUCUAGUACUUCAUUAAUAUUCAAGGACAUAUGCACACUAGCAGUGAUUCUGGUAAAAUUUCACAAAAGAAAGAAUUUGGCAAAAGCAGAAAUGUUUAAACAGUGUUUCAAAACAAAAGUAACUGUAGUUAUAUAUGAUAAAAUGUAAAAUGUUACUUGUAAAAUUAACUCUUUAUUGAAUAUGUCUGACAGUUAUUACUUCAUUGAAUGGUCUGCUGAGUGCAAGACAAAACUUACUACAGUCCUGGAGAGAGUUUGGAAUGGCCACAAAAGAUCCCAGCUUGUACCUUGUAUUCAACGUUAGUAUAAGUUUUCUGAUGUAGGUGCUUCAAAUGUUUUUUUUUAUUGCAUCAAUAAAUCAUACAAAUUACAAAUAG